AUGGAUUCUGAAUUCUCCAGACAAAGCUUGCCAACUGGCCAAACAGGCGUGGUUGAGGACUCGAAAAAGGCAUAUCAGGAAGCAUUCGAUAUUGCUAAGGGCAAAAUGCAGCCAACACAUCCGAUACGCUUAGGUCUCGCCCUCAACUUUUCCGUAUUCUAUUACGAAAUUAUCAACUCGCCGGCGCGGGCUUGCCAUUUGGCUAAACAGGUGGAAUUGAAGAUUGUGUUUUUUGUUACUUGAACGUGAAAUAUUAACAAAUGAAUUUGUUUGUUUAUGCUGGUCUUGUGAUUUUUGAUUAAUAACAAAAGUUUAUUUUGUAUGCAUUAAUUUCUUUCUCUCUAAGAAGGCUUCUUGAUGUUCGCUUACGUCUCUACCAACCAACCAGCUAUACAUACAUACAUACAUAUGUAUAUUUAUCCCCGCUGAUAAAAAUACUAAUUGUGCCAUAUUUUAUGUGAUUCAAUUUCGUUUUGUGUUUUACCAAUUUUUGCUAAAUGUUUUUCUGCUAACUUUUUUGUUUGCUGUGUAAUUACUGACUACUACUUACAUACCUUUCUUAAAGAAUGAACACACCCGCAUUUGUUGCCUUGAGCAUUGAGAGCCUGCACGCAAGACCCCAUUAUUUGCUAAAAUUAGCAGCGCUGCAAACCCCUCCAAAAAUCGAUACGGUUCGGUUCGGUCCAAAGGGUUAAAUUUUUUACACUAACUGAUACAAAUAUCACAAAAAAUUUGACAAUUACUAUAGGUAUAGAAAUAA